UGGCUUACCGUGGUAUUUAGUAGGUCUAGAUUAAAUAAUUAAAUACUCAACAUUAAUUACAGGUACCUUUGACUUUAUCUGUAAAAGGAGAUCUGAAAUUGGCAAACCUGAAUCGGCGUCUUAUCAUUAUUAUAUUAUUAUAUUAUAUUAGUAUAUUAAAUAUAGUAUAGUAUAUUAAUUAGAAUUAGAUUGAUGAAUUUAAAAUGUCAUAAAGCUAUACUAUAGUGUAGGUGGUUAGGACAGAAAACUUACUUGAAUAACUUAGGAUUAUUCAUAAAAAUAAAAUUAAGUCAUAAUCUCAUGAGAUCAUAAUUAUAAUAUACUUUUUUAAAUGUUGGAUUUGGAUAGGCUAAGUGAAGUCAUACGUUGUCAUAACUGUCAUAACUAGGUCAUAAGUUGCAAUCAAUAAGCUAUUAUUAAUAAGUUAUAAGAGUCUUACUCUUAAUAAGACUAAAAUAAUUACAGACUGGCAGAAAGUUGAAUAUUGUAGGCCUAUUUGUAUAAAUAAUUGAAUGUAAAUGUAUUCUGAAUUUAUUGUGCAUUGAAAUCAUUAAUUAUAUUUAUAUAUUGAAUAUUGGUAUAGAUUAUAAGUAUAGUAUAAUAAAUGAUGACAAUAUCAUUAUAUUAUGUUUAUGAUUAAAAUUAAACCUAGACAUUUUUUACUAGUACUAAUUAAUUCUAGAAUAUACACUAUCAUCAUAGAAAGGGUCUAAUGAGAAUAAUUUGAAUAAUGAAGUAAUUACCUAUGCCUAUAUGUAGGCCUAUAAUGUGAUUUCUGGUUGAGAACUAAUUUUACCCCAUACUUUCACUUCAGUCUUCAGAUUUGUUAUAUGAAAAUAUGUCAGUCAUUUGUCAGUGCGUGGAUGGUGCAUUCCUUGACCAUAAUUUAUAUGUGCAGUCAUAUUUAAAAUGUGAUUGCAAGAACACAGGUUACAAAUUAAAAGAUGAAUUUUUUUCAGGUAUAGUACCGGUAAAUGAUGUAAUGAACAUCAAUUUUUAAUUUAAUUGUUUCAAACAAUUAUCUUUAAAAUAUAGCUUAAUGAAGUAUUUUAACUACCAAUGGCAUAUCUUUCUUUUAAAGAGCUUGUUAGUUGCAUAUUAAUAUAGCUGCCUGUCAUGGAUAUUAUUAUGAAUGAGAGAACACAUGUGAAUGAAUGCAUUGAAGUGAGAGGAGAUUUUGGGAUUAUACAGGAGUCGAAUGAAUUAUGUUAAGAUGUGAUGAUUUUUGAGACAGUGAAGUGAGAACAAAUUAUUAAAGAUUUUAAUUUGUAUAUUUUAUUACGAAGCAUUUACUGUGAACUUGUCUGUGUAUAUAGUCUAUAAAAAUAUAGUUUAAAAAAAAAAUUAUUUUUGAAUAUUUUAAACAUCUGAACAACAAUGUUAAGUGACUAAAUCAGUGGUUCUUAACCUUUUUGGAGGUACCGAACCCCACCAGUUUCAUAUGCACAUUCACCGAACCCUUCUUAAUAGGAAAAAUAAAAUAUGAUUUUUUUUUCUGACUUUUUUUGGAACUCCGCCGAACCCUUGAGACUGACUCACCGAACCCCUGGGGUUCGAUGGAACACAGGUUAAGAACCACUGGACUAAAUGAACCUGCAAAGCCUCAAUAUGUGUGCCUUAUUUAUAAUUUAUAUUAUUGAUAUUAAAUGUAUAUUUCUAUUUCUCAUAGUUGAGUCACCAUUCAUGAUGGACAGCCAAGCAGAAAGAAUUCGAAGAGAAGCUAAUUGUAAACAUCUUGGCCAUGAAGUGCCUACAAAACAGACUUCGGCAGAUAAAAAAGUAAGUUAACAAAGACAUAUAUUUUAAUUUUUUUUUAUGUACCGGUAUACUGUUUGUUGAUCGGUUUUUCAGAAAAUUGUAUACAAAACAUGAGAAAAAAAGUAGAUUCUUUAUUUGAUUUUUCAUGCCUUUGAUAAUUUAUUCAAGUAUAAAGUUUAACUCAAUAGUAUUUUCAAUUUCAACAAUUACACCAAAGCAAAAAUUUAAACUUAAAAAAUAAAAAAUGUUACUCAUUAUAGUGAAAUGGGGUAGAUCUUGCUUAUUUCAGUGUGUCUUUUUUAAGUUCCUUAACUUUAUAAUUGACACUGAUUUUAUUUAAAGCAGAAAUCACUGUAAAAAUCAUCCAAAUGUAACAAAAGCAAAAUCAAAACUCAUACCGGUAUCACAUGUUAUUAUAUAACGGUAUAUAAAGAGAUCAAAGAUCCCAUUCUCAUGCGAUAAGAUCUCAGGAGGUUGUUAUAGAUUUUCUUAUAUUUAAGGUAUGACAUAUUUAUGCAGACAGUACUAUAUGAAUACUAUGAUGUUUAUUUUACCAUUUCACAAUGAAUUACUUGUGAAUCCUUUUUUUUUUCCCAGAGAAGAAAAAAGGCUAGCAAACUAAUGUCAUUUGAACCUCACAAUCAAAAAGUGAGUUUCCGAAUAUUCCUUUGGCAAAUUUAUUGGUAACCCCUUAAAGAAUUUUCCAAAAAAACUAAGUUUUGAAUAAAAUCAUGUUUACUUUAUAAAUAUUUUACUAGUGCUUGUUUUCUUCUUUUUUUCUGUCUUUGGAGCCCACGAUCAAUUUAUAUAUAUAUAUAUAUUUAUUUUUUUAUUUUUUUUUUAUUGCUCCUGGUGCUGAAUAACUAAAUUUUUAUUUUUUAACUUUCCUGGCCAGUAGAUUUAUGAUCUGAUAGACAAGUGUCUGGUUUCUCUCAUAACACAAGCCAGGGAGAUAAAUCAUCUUAGAACAAUUUCUCAAAAACAAGAAGUAACAAACAAUGUCAUUGCCAGAAAAGCUUCUCUGAUUCAAGGAUGUGGAGAUUUAUUCCAAACCCUUUGUGAACAUUUUGAUGAGAUUUUUCAAGUCUCUGAAAACUAUGAUGCUGUUCUUCUUUGUGAAGGUACAAAUUGUUAAUACUUCAAUUAUAGUUCUUUUUAGUCAUUAUAAAAAAAUUAAAAAAUAAUACAAAUUGCUUUUAAAAUCUUUGGUCGAAGAAAUAACUAAUUUUAACUCAUAAGCUUUUUCUCAGAAUUAUUAACUGAAUGAAAUAAAUAACUCCAACAAAGUUAUGCUAACAAACAACAGAGAUAUUAUUAUGUCAGUAGUCAUUUGGAAAAUUUAAGAUACUGUUUAUACUGGUACGGUGUUUGUAAUUAUUUUAUACUAUUAUUUAUUUCUGGUCCAUGAGUUUCCAUGAAUAAAUUUGGAUCCAAAAAUUAAUUUUCUUAGAUAGAACUUUUAGGAAUUAUUAGUCUUUAAGAAGAUAUCAGAUACAUGUACCAAAUAUUCAACUCAUAUGUCACUUCACAUCAAGCCAUCUUUAUUUUCAGGAUUGUCUCUUUCAGCUGCUUCUGUCAUUAACAGGUAUGUGAAAAACUUAAAAAAUCAUUGCAUUUUAUGUAAAGUUGAGGAUCAUGACUUUAUCAUCCCUGGGAGAUCUUCUUUUCUCACCUCAAGUUUUCAACAGUUCCUUACCAGAGGUCACCAGCUAAUUACAGGUAUAACAACUGUUUUAUUGAAAUAUAGUUGUCUGAGAUUUCAAGUUGUCUUGUUUUAGCGUUUUCUUGUUUUUAAAACUAUCAUCAUUUUGAAUAUAUUUUCUUUAACUAAUAUAUUACAGAUUUAUAGAAUAUGUUGAUGGCUUUAAAAACAAAGUUGAUAAAAAAAGAAUUGCAAAGAGGCCUCAAACAAGGAACAUAAGAUUUUAAAAAUGAUUCCUUUUUGAAAAUUUUUUAGAUGUUAAAAUUUAAAUCAUCAACUUGAAAAACAUAAUCUUUUGAACUACUUGUACAAUGAAUGAAGGACUGUGUACAAGCUGCAUGAAGGAAAUAGUAGAAAUUUUCAAGCUUCCACAGAAUUUGUUAUGCUAUUUCUUUUGAACUGAAAAGUGUAGGAAAAGUAUUAAUGUUUCCUUAAUUAUUUGUUUCUGAGCAGUUGAAGGAGGGUAUGACCUAAUUGUCAUUGAUCCCCCCUGGACCAACAAGUCUGUCAAAAGGAAGAAAAGGUGAGGUUCAUUUAAUGUUUCUGUUUGCCCUAUGGUGAACCAACUUGUUACAAAUGUAGGGGAAAAGAUCAGUUUUAAAUUUAAAUUCAAAGAAAGGAUACAGUAAAUGUAAAAUUGUAAUUUCACAUUUAUGUUUUAAUCAGUAAUCAAACAUGUAUUCAUUCAGUGGAAAAAAAAAAUUCUUUUAAACACACAAAUAAAAUAUUUAUAGACAUAACAAAAGAACAUAUUUAUCCCACUGUUAACAGAGCAAGGCAUUGCUCUUGUUAAUCCCACUUUUAAGGGAUUGGGUUCAGUUUUAGGUCACUUUUUAAAGUCUAAAACUGCAAUUAACCGAUCUGUGUCUUGACUCACCCCUUUAUAUGAGUAUAUUUAUUCAUAAAAAUUUGAUUUGCCAGGAGCCUCCAUUGAUGCAUGCUAUUCUGUCCAGAUUUGAUUCUAAUUCUCUGUUUACCCCACAGCUAUAAUAUGAUUGAUGAGGAAGACCUAAAGCAGAUUCCCCUCCAAGAUUUGGCCAAAGUAAACGGUUUGAUCUGUGUCUGGGUGACAAACAAUGAAUCAUUGUUGCAGUUUGUCAAAGAUGAACUUUUUCCUCACUGGUCAGUUGCGUGGGUAGCCAACUGGAUCUGGAUCAAGGUGAUCUUAAUUGAAUACCUACCUAAUGGGUGAUUAGCAAGUGUUUAAGGAAUUUUAGAUCUGACUGCCAGUCCUUUUCCUCUAGUGGUUUGAAGUAUAUCAGUUUUGGGAUUAAUUCUGAAUCCAUAUACCUUGACAAUGUCGCCAGCUUUUAUUUAGAAGAGUCUUUCUCUUGUCAUCUCAAUGUUUCAUUUUAUUAUCGCUUGUUCCUUUUAGGACAAGUUUGUUUUGUCCCAUGCUGUCUGCUUUAGCUUUGCUAAUAUCUUUGUCACCCUUAAAAUUAAAGCCUCAUUGAAAGCAUUCAUUAUAUAGACACAGACACACCCACAGCCUAUUUCACAAUUAGCAUAAACAAUGAUUAAGUGGGUCAAAGUGUAUUUCCACUGAUGAACUAUUUAUAAUUUUAUAUAUAAAUAUAUAUAUAUAUAUCUUUGUCAUACUAAUGCUCAGAAUUAAUUAUUUAUGUAGAUAAUGUAAAAGUUCUGUUCUUGACUAUCAAUUAGGUAACUAGGUAUGGGGAACCUAUCUGCCAGAUAAACACUCACCACAAGAAGCCAUAUGAACAAAUCAUCAUUGGAAGAGUUCAGAGCUCAAAGCAAAACUUGUCUUCUAUAAGCUGUGAUAAGAAUCAAAGGACAAGCAAUAGGGAGGACUUUUUUAGGCAGUCACAAAAUCCACAAAUCUGUGUAGAAUUAGAACAGGAACUUCCAUUGAAUAUUGUGAUUGAUUGUAUGGGUGACAGGGGUGUAAGAGAUGAGCAACAAGAUUUAAAACAAACCUGCCCAGCUGUUGCCCAUGUGGGAUCAACAUGUGAUCAAAUUGUUUGCACAGAUGGACGUCCAGAAUGUAAGAGAUUACAAUCUGGUUUGCCAAGAAACAGUGAGGGGACUGAUUCCUGUACUGAACAACAUGGGGCACACAAGACUUCAAGCUUAAAUAUUCCAUCAUCAUUUGUUCUAUCCAGUGUGCCUUGUUCACUGCAUUCAAAAAAACCUCCCUUGUCAGGUAGGGCAACAGAGCUUUAUAUUUUUGUUAUAUUUAUAACUUACAAAUAAAAAUUUAAUUUUAGUGGAGAAUUAAAGUCAUAAAAGCAUGUGAUAAUGCCAACCUGAUGUUGAAAAUAUAUAUAUUUAUAUAUUGUUGUAAUGUUUUAAAAUCCAAUAUAGAUAAAAUAUAGAUCAUUAAUUCAUAUAUGACUACUAGAAUCAGCUUUUUUAAUUAAAAAAACCUCAUUAACAGUAAGCUUGAAGGUAUUUUUCUUUCAAAAUAUUUUCUAGAUUUGUUGACAUUUUAUUUAUUUAUUUUAGUUGAUAUAGUGGGUAAUUUUAAUUAUUGGUUGUCAUCAGUACAAAUGAAAGAGAUCUCUACUAUUUAAUAUACUUUUUUUGUAUUUUAAUUAAAUGAAUAUAUCAGGUACUAAGAACUGAUACUGAGAUAGUACAAAGUUUUACCCGACAGAUUUUUUCAUUUGCAGAUAUUUUAAUGCCUUAUUUGCCACUGGCUCCGAAAAAUCUUGAGCUUUUUGCAAGGAAUUUGACAUCAGGAUGGUGUAGCUGGGGGAAUGAGGUGAGUUCUAUAAAUAGAAAGUUCUAUUAUAUAUGUGAUAUUUUAAUAGUAGAGAAUCUAAUAUUUACCUUCUACAUGUCAUUCAUGAUAGCCACUUUUCUCAUUGAUUGGGUUUCCAACUAACCUAAAUCUCAUGUUAUAUUUAACUAGCAAUAACCCACCAAAAAUGGUGCUGGCAAUGCUUUAACUUUCCACCUACCAAAGUUACUUGACAAAACAUACAUUCAAGUAAAGCACUUUGUAAGAAUUCCAAUAAGUGCUUACUCCUGUGAAUUUUAUUUUGCGCACCUAUUUAAAACAGCAUUACAGUCAUAAAUACAUACCUAGAGAAUUAUAAUUUUUGAUGUUACACUUCCUUCAUUU